AGUCAUUCAUUCGGUUCCAUGCUGGAACGACGUACACCUGCUGCUCGUCUGCUCUGCUCUACUCGCUAGUGAUCGUAUAUCGUGCACAAAAACUGUGAUUGUAUUUGUGAGAUUCUGUGUUUAUAAGCAUUAUUAGUAAUUUUUUCCUGGUUUAAUCAUUUUUAAUGCCAACAAAAAAUAUUAUUUAUUAGUACUUCGAGCAGUUGGUAUUAAUUAUAUUGUGUACUUUAAUAUUUAAAGUGACAAUAAUAUUUUGUAUAAAACUCGAGUAAUAAUACAACUAUAUAAUAAUUUCUCGAUAAAACCAGUAAAUAAAUAAGCAUUGAACUGCCUAAACUAGUCUAACGUCUCUCACUCCAAGGAGAGGCAUUGUGUGGCUCAAAAUCUUGCAGCUUAAUCGUUCAUUUAAAACGAUACAAAUUUUAACAUAACAUCGUACUAUAUAUGUAUGUAUGAACUUGUGCAAUAAUAUUAAGAGAAAAUCGUGUAGCAAAAAGUAAUUGAAAUGUCAGCGGAGAAAAUCGAAGAAAUCCCAGUCGGCGAUGAACCCUUCUUGGGUACAUUGGACAUUGCCAUACUGGUGGCCUUAAUCGCAGGUGCCACAUGGUAUUUUAUGCGUAGUCGUAAGAAGGAGGAGGAACCCAUUCGCUCCUAUUCGAUACAACCUACAACUGUAAGCACCACCAUCUCAUCCGACAAUUCAUUUAUUAAAAAGCUGAAAGCUUCUGGUCGCAGUUUAGUCGUCUUUUAUGGCUCUCAAACGGGUACUGGUGAGGAAUUCGCCGGUCGUCUGGCAAAAGAAGGCUUACGGUAUCGCAUGAAGGGUAUGGUAGCAGAUCCGGAAGAAUGUGAUAUGGAAGAGCUUUUGCAAUUGAAAGACAUUCCUAAUUCUCUGGCUGUAUUCUGUUUAGCCACAUAUGGCGAAGGUGAUCCAACAGAUAAUGCAAUGGAAUUCUUUGAAUGGCUGUCAAAUGGCGAUGCUGAUUUGAAUGGAUUGAAUUAUGCGGUUUUCGGCCUUGGCAAUAAAACUUAUGAGCAUUAUAACAAAAUGGCAAUUUAUGUGGAUCAACGAUUGGAAGAGCUUGGUGCUACACGUGUCUUUGAGCUUGGUCUUGGCGAUGACGAUGCAAACAUUGAGGACGACUUUAUUACAUGGAAAGAUCGUUUUUGGCCUGCUGUUUGUGAUUUCUUCGGCAUUGAGGGAGGCGGAGAGGAAGUGCUUAUGCGCCAGUAUCGGUUACUGGAGCAACCAAAUGUACAGCCCGAUCGCAUCUACACCGGCGAAAUUGCACGCUUGCACUCUUUGCAAAAUCAACGACCUCCAUUUGACGCUAAAAAUCCAUUCCUAGCACCCAUUAUUGUUAAUCGUGAAUUACACAAAGGUGGCGACCGUUCAUGUAUGCAUAUCGAGCUGGAUAUUAAUGGCUCAAAAAUGCGUUACGAUGCGGGAGAUCACGUUGCCAUGUACCCUAUUAAUGAUACCGAAUUGGUCGAAAAAUUGGGAAAACUUUGCAAUGCUGAUCUCGAUACGGUAUUUUCGCUCAUUAAUACUGAUACGGAUAGCAGUAAAAAACACCCCUUUCCUUGUCCUACCACUUAUCGCACCGCUUUGAAACAUUAUUUGGAAAUUACUGCCAUACCAAGAACACAUAUUCUCAAAGAAUUGGCGGAGUAUUGUACUGACGAGGCCGAUAAAGAAUUCUUAAGAAGUAUGUCUUCAAUUUCACCCGAAGGCAAAGAAAAAUACCAGAGUUGGAUUCAAGAUGCUUGUAGAAAUAUUGUACAUAUCUUAGAAGAUAUCAAGUCCUGCAAACCGCCUAUAGAUCAUAUUUGCGAGCUAUUGCCUCGUCUGCAGCCGCGCUAUUAUUCUAUAUCAUCGUCUUCCAAAUUGCAUCCAAAUCAUGUGCAUGUAACAGCCGUUUUAGUGCAGUACAAAACACCCACUGGACGCAUAAAUAACGGCGUAGCCACCACAUACUUGAAAAAGAAACAGCCCGGCGGCGAAGAUGUUCGUGUACCGGUAUUUAUUCGUAAGUCACAAUUCAGGCUACCUACAAAACCAGAAAUACCUAUUAUCAUGGUUGGACCGGGCACUGGAUUGGCUCCAUUCCGUGGUUUCAUUCAAGAGCGUCAAUAUCUCCGCGAUGAAGGUAAAAAUGUGGGCGAUACCAUUUUAUAUUUCGGCUGUAGAAAGAGAAGUGAAGACUACAUUUAUGAAGAGGAAUUGGAGGAAUUUAUCAAGAAGGGCACGUUGACUAUGAAAGCAGCUUUCUCUCGUGAUCAAAAUGAAAAAGUCUAUGUUUCACAUUUAAUUGAAAAGGACGCCGACUUGAUUUGGAAUGUGAUAGGAGAGAGCAAAGGGCAUUUUUACAUUUGCGGUGAUGCGAAAAACAUGGCCGUCGAUGUCAGGAAUAUUUUAAUCAAGAUACUUGUGACGAAGGGUGGCAUGAGCGAAGCUGAUGCAGUGCAAUACCUUAAGAAAAUGGAAGCCCAGAAACGCUAUUCCGCCGAUGUUUGGAGCUAGAAAUUUUGACGAAAAACAUAAUAUCUGAUCAAGUCUUUAAUUCUUGUUAAGUAGAUAAAUUAGUGUUUUGGCUGUUAUGACGAAAAUGUGUGCAUCUUUAUAUGCAUGUGAAUGAAUACCAGAAUAGAUAAGUAAAGCAAAGUACAUCAACAAAAA